AUGGCGACUACAAGUUUGUUACUGCAAAACUUUGAUAAAGGUUAGGAAAUUAUUAUCGGAUUUCCAUCUUUGCCUUUCGUGUUCAGUGUUUAUUUAGUAUAAUAAUAAAAUGAAAUUUAAAAAAGUUUUGCUGGGUACUGGAGCCUGAGCAGUAAAAAGAAAAAUGACUUUUUUGAAUAUCGAUGAAGAAAGUUUUUUCAUGUUCUAUCUCUCUGGCCUCCGACCACGGCUAUCAUAAUGUUUUUGUUUUCUUAUUUCGAUUCAAUUGGACCUUUGAAAGCGCCUCACGGAACGUAUUCAGGACUGAGAGCGCAGGUGUUGUCUGAGCAGUUAGCGACGGUAAGUAGCGUCGGGAAACUGUUCGACGAUCAUCCAGUGCCAGUUUUUGUGAACUCGAUCUUGGUUCGUCUGGCCGAAGCUUUCAAAGAUGGGUUCGUGUUUGCGAGGCCACCUCCUCUGCGAAAGCUCGAUGAUUUGUACAGAUCGAACGCUUUGAGAGUGGCUAUUGCUCGGGUUUUGGGUCAAUGUGGACCACAGCUCACUUUGGCGUUUUCUUCGGGCGAAAUAUUCAGACGGAUCUUGACUGUCAGUCAUGCUAAUGAUCCGGAAGCUCGUGAGAGCACCCUCGAAGUGAGUCCCAACACAUUCAUAACAGAGAGAUCGUCGUGGAAGAAAGGAAGGAAACCCGGAAUGUGACUUUUAAAAACGAAGGAUAACACGUUUUAUGUUUGUGCAAAAGCAUUCAAAGCUUAAAACACUCUUCUGAGAGAAGAAUAAUCGACUGAAAUGUUUUUUGACAGUCUCAUUCUUUUUUGGCAGAACCGGUUGAAUGAGCAAUUUUUUUAUAGCCUUCGUAAGAUCUUUUGCUGCUUUUUCUCUAAAUGUUCAACGUUUCCAAUUCAAUUCAAUCAAUUUAUUCAGUCUUCAGAGUAAGAUGUAGAAAAUCUCUGCUGAAUCAUGGUAUAAUCGAAGAGUUAGUCGUCGGUGCGGGUUACGGUCCACAACCGUUGCCCAAUAAGUCCCGGCGUGACAGCGUUGGGGAAUAAUGUGGGCCCGUUGGUAGUACCAGCGAAUAAACUGCUUCAAAUCAUUUAUUUUGUUGGUUUAGUCAUAGAUGUAUCGACUAGGCGGUGAACAAGAACUUUGAAAGCUAUAACGAACAACCGCCUUUGGCGAGCUAGAAGUCCAAACGUGUAGUCGAAAGAGUUGAAAGCAUGGUCUUACGGUCCUUCGUCUCGUCCUUCUGCGCGUAGUCCAUCCAGUUGCGCCUUGACGAGCUCAGAAUGUAGCGGAUGUUGUGCUGGAGCCCGGAGACCGUGCUCUAGGUGGAAGCCUCGGAAUGAGAGCUACCACUUCGAGUGAAGAUUUUACACGGAUUACACGGAAGCUUCACCAUGUUUCCAGUCUUAUUUAUACAGAGUUCCAAAUUUCGAAAAAAAAGGCAUAAUUUUGUGUCGCCAUUAUUCUAGGUAUGCUUGGAUUUUAGAGAGAAACAAUGAUCACAUCGUACGUAUUUUGACAGAUCCUCUCCAGCCUUGCCUUGAUAAGUCCCGACAGCAAGCAGGUAGUUCCAGCUAGAGCUGAUCUCUCUUCACACGUUCCGAUUCUCAGGCUCACCACCUGAUUUCGGAGUCGCUGACGACGAAGCACGACGGAGAGUUUCGCGCAGCGUGCGUCGCUUUGGCGUCCUUCUCCCGACUGUCGCCGUUGGUCUCUCUCAAUUCGCACCAUGAGUUGCUCGCUUUUCAGCGAGUUCGCCGAAUCUAUGAUCACACGAGUAGGGAAUCUUCUCAACGACCCGACAAUAUCCGUCAAACGCAAAAUAAAUCUGGCGAAAGUUUUGGCUUCUCAGUCGGCCAACGCGAGGACCAUGGAGGUCUUUCACUGUAUCCUUGCUUACCAAACUCCUCGAUCAGGAAGUCUUCGCCAUCAGUCGAUCCAUGGUCGACUCGAUGCCUGGAGAUGAUCUUCUAGCUGCCUUUUUAGAGGCGACGACGUCUCUUUCGAUUGAGACGCGUUACGCUAUCCCACAGCAGGUGAGGCCUUUUUUUUAAAAUGAAACUGUGCAAAAAUUACGCUUUACAUGAUCUUCAAAAGUAUUAGGUUGUCCAUAAAGAUUUUGCUGUUUUUUUUUUUACCUCACCCGAACUUCGAUUUGGGUUUGAAAUUGAACGACUACACGAGAAAACAGAAACGGGCCAUAAUAAAUUUUUUUUUUCGAGUUUGUAUGAAAAGUUAUCGAAAUUCUCGAACUGUUUUUUCUUGAUAGAGCUCCAUGUGAUCACGAAAAUUUUUAGCUUGAUUUUCCGAAGUUUUCGACUAAAUUUUUGAUUUUCCAAAGAUUGGAGAGAUAGUUUUUGUCUCCAAACGAGCAUUCAUAACUAUUGAAGGCGAAAAGACUAGAUAAAUUUUUCUCAAGGCACUUUUGUUAAGUCUUGUUUAGGUUAUAAAUUUUUUUGCCAGUUUUUCAAAUUCUAAAUAGAUGGAUUGAAUAUGUUGGCAGCGUUUCAUCGAUUAUUCACACAAUUAUUUUCAAAAAUAGAAAAAUUCAGCUCAACGUGCUGUUGACAGUACUGCAGCGUCGUUACUCUGCGAAGAACUUGUCGGCAAAAGAAAAGACUUCGACGAACUCGCCGAGCGACGCAGAAAAGCAAGAGACUCUGGCCUCGGAGGGCAGAACUUACAGCGACUACAGUGUCGUGAUCGUCCUCCAGCAACUCCGCAGACUCGCCAACCUGGCCAGUCUUUGGAACGACGAACAGAUUUCUGUCAGUUCGCUCUUUUUUGACGAAAAGAGGCAGAUCUGUGGUUCUCUCAGAGACUGUCGCGACUCCAGCCGCCAUCAUUAUCCUCAUCUGACAGGAGACUUUUGCGAGUCUACUUGGACGUCGUCAUUUCAUUGUCUAUAAACUGUGCCAAUAACCAGCUCGAUCUGAUCAAUCGUAAGGCGGCCUGCAGAUGAACAUAUUGACCGUUGCCCAGAAUUGCUGCUCCGUUCCACUUCUUUGGGCACUCUGGAAGAUGCUCAUCUCCGUAUACGGUACAUCGAAUUGGCGACUAACGUCACGUGUUCUCGGAACGGCGCUGGAACGUCGAAAGUUGAGACCGUCGAAAACGAGAAAUCAGAGGCGCCGCUCACCUCUUUGGCCCUCAUCAUUUCCGGAGCCAUGGAAGAAAAGCUACCCCUUCCGCUGGCUAAACGAGUAAGUCAAAUCGAUAUUUAUUUUUAUCAUAUAUCGUGUAGCCAAGCAAAAAAAAAGUAGGAUAGGGCUGCGGUGGAUUAUUAAUUAUUUUCCUUGGAUGGUUUGCUUUUCCAUCGAAAUAACUUUUUUUUAGAAAGAAAUUCAUCAGAGAGAAAAAUCUGGACUUGAUUUGGAAAAAGCGUCGGAAGGUGUCUUAAGUUUGAAAUUUUUGAAAACGAAGCAAAAAUCUCUCGUUUUCUGAAGUUAUCCAUGAAGAUAACGUACACAAAACUUGUUUCAAAAAAGUUAUGUUGUUAUGAUUUUGGUGGUGCAGAAGCCUUACAUAAAAUAACACGAAAAGCGGCCUUUCGUCGCAAUCCUUUUUCGGAAUCUGGGCUUCAACAUUUCUGCGAGACAUUUCCAACAUAACAAGUUCUUAAAAUUGGGACAUAACCUUGAAUGCUAUUCCCUGAAUUCUUCAAAAAAUAUGAAAGAGUCAUUCAAAAAAAGUUCAGCUCUACAAAUCGGUUGGCGAGUUUCUCCUGGCGCAAUCGCGUGUCGGAGCCGUGAAAACAGAGGCGACGACGAUGGUGAUCGACGCGCUGCUCUCGCCGUUCCUCGACAACGCCGACGUCCUGCCCAACAACGCUCCGCAGAGACUCGAACUUCUGUGCAGCCUCGCCGACCGCGACAUCAACUACGUCGCGAUGCUCCACCAGUGGGCCUUCCAGGUCCUGCAAGCCAACGUCUGACUUUCCCGAUUCUCAAUUGCGAUCGUUUUAUUGUUCAGCCGGCGGCGUUCCAAGCCAUUCCGCAGCUCUUCGCCUACCUGGCUUUGGGUAUCGGCACGGAGAUGCCCUCGACGUCCAAGUCUCCGAUUCUCUUUGACUCUGUGGUCGAUCGUUACGGCAUGGCGCGGUCGGCCCUUCGGAACGGCCAUUGGCGGCAAGUAGCUCUACCCAAUUUGAAGUCUAUCGACACUCGAGUUAGUUCUGCUGGAAAUGAUUGAAGAGAGAUUUUAUACAGAAUAUGGGCACCUUCGAAUCUAACUGGAUAGAAGCGUUGAAGGAGUUGGCGGCGUCCCAAAUAACCGAAUCUUCGUUCUCCGCUCUGAACGUCCAAAUCGCCCACCUGCAGAGAGCCUUGGACAUUUUGACGGUUGGUAGAAAAGAAAACCUAGAAGGCCUCUUUUAUGGUAAAAAGUAAUUUUGGAAAUUAUUUUGUACAUUGAGCUUCUAAUUCUUAUUUUUGUUCAAUAGGUGAGCUCACGAGUUAGAUCAGAAAAAAUUCCUCAGGAAACUCAGCUCAAAAUCCUCCGCUCAGAAAAGUUCUAGUUGGUAUGCGACCCAUUGGACAAAUUGUCCUCGAAAAUUAAAGUUUUUUUCAUUUUUUUGACUUUUUUUCAAUUUUUUUGAAUCAUUUUACUUUCCGGCCUUUUUUUGAUGUGAAGUGGCAAGUUUUAUGAAAAUUUUGAAAGAAAAAAGCUACACGAAAAAAGGGUUUAAAAAAAUGGAGAAAAGGGAAAGUUUUCCACAACUUGAAAAUUUUUUGAUAAUACGAAAAAAAAACUCUUCUUGAUGAAAUUACUCUUUUUGUGAUCUCAAAAUUAUAAAAGCGAAAAUCUAGUUUAGUGGAGUCACGGAACAAAAAACGUGGCUGAAAAAUUGAAUUUAUUUCAGAUCAUGUGUUCAAAUGGAGGCUUUUCGGGACACAGAGAUGAUGCGUUCCGAUCUCCGCGGGACCUCGUCGCCUGUUUCCUCGCCACCUCUGAAGUCUUUCUGCAGAUUGUCGCAACGAUUCAGCCAUUCUCUACAGUACUCAACGCCGCCCUCAGACCCUCCGCCUAUUUCAACCCGAUCACGGCUCGUCGCAUCAAAUUCGCGGUACCCAUCGGGAAUAUCUAGAGCUUUCUCAAGCAACUCAGUUCAGCUGCGUUUGCUAGAACCGAAAGUCAACCAAGUGCUCUUCCUCUGGUCCAAUUUGUGUCAUUCUUCGUUUGGCGCCGACGCUUGCUCCCUGGAUCUUCUCAACUUGUAUUAUUCCCGUAUCUCCGUUCUUCUCAAGGCGAUCAGAGUUUUCGUGGGACGACCAGAAGCUUCGUCGUCAGUUACUUUUAUUGGGAAUCUGAUAGUUCGGCACAGCAAAUAUAGCUACUAGCCUAAAUCACCUUAUUCUAUAGCGCGAAAAGAAGCAAUUCAGAUAUCUACCAAACCGAUAGUUUAUGAAGUACAUUUUUUGACAUCCGUGUUACUGCGCCUUAUCUUCUUUCUCUGCUUGCGUUCCUGUGUUCUUAUUUUUUAAAAAAACCAACGCCUCGAGAAAAUAAUGAGAAAAUAUUUUAGUGAGGAACAUGGACCAACAGGAGUCAGCGUGAUGCGAUUUUAGGCUUUCUGGGCUUUUAGCUGAUCACUCAAGGGAUGUCAGAGCUUCUUAAGUGUUCAUUUGUCCCAUUUACGCAAUAAGCACCACAUUUUCUGUUUUUUUAAAAAAACAUAAAAAUAUGACUUUUUCAAAAAUUUAUAUACUAAUACACUAAUCAUUUUUUUAAUCGAUUAUUUACAAUUUCAGAGCGGUUCAGUUGCAACCUUUAAAUGCGCCAAGGACGACGACACAGUUUUAUCAGGUUUAUUAGGUCUGAAACAUUCUCAGAAAAUUUGAAUUUCAGGAAACUUUGCACUGGGCGGUUAGAAAUUUGGCAAGCUUGGCCUGUGAGGAAUUCCCCAACUCUUCGGUAGAACUCAUUUCGAGCUAUUUAACAAAAGAGAAGAAUUAUCAGACGCUAUCCGCGUUCCAGUCGAUCCUCCACCAACUGAUCGUUCUGCCGAAUCUGCUCCCACGCGCCUUUUUCCAGCAGUUUUAUACGGUCGACUUCAAGGUUCCACAAAAAAGAAGUUUUUCUUUGUCGAAAGUCUUCUUCAGCUGUCUGUGACCCCACAAUCGGAGAAUGGAAAGCUCUAUGUUCCUCCGGGGCAGACGACGCCGGUUCGCGUCGACGGCGCCUUGACGUCCACACAUCCGACGUCCGUCGUCGCGAUCAUCGUCAUCGCUGACGUCUCCUUUGUGGCCAGCCACUCAGUCAAGCAUUUUCUCGUCUUGGACUUUGGUUCAAAAAAAUUGACGAAAAUAUAAUUAAAACCUUUCUUAAUCUUCUUUUUUCAUUUUUGAGCUUUAAGAAUCAACUGAAGAUGUGAGUCCAUAAUCUGAAAUGUGAACAAAGUAACGUACGCAAAGCUUUUAUAGUUCGGUACAUUUUCAGUUCCUAUAAUUUCUUAGAACUUCGAAAACUUGAAAAAUAGUUUCAACGAAUAGCUCUUGUUCUUUGUGAUUUUCCUGGAAUACCCUUUUCUCAAUAAUUUUUGUCUAAAAAAGAAUGUGGCUUCGUGAUAUCGUUGAUAUCACAGAAAGUUAUUCGCUACUUUUUUCUCCAUUUGGCCUGCGUCUUGCCUCAAAUUUUUCAGUAGCAUUGGCUUUUUUUUUUCUAGACGUUCAAAUAUCAGCCUAUUUUUAACUUUAUAGAAAACAAAAACUGAAAUUUCUGAUAACAUGAUCUUUUUUUUAUAACAAAACCCUCACAAAGUGCUCGAAAAUUCUUCAUUCUUCUUGCCUCACAAAAAGAAGUCUGCAAAAAGAAAAACUCUUGAUCAUCGGCUAAACAUUGUAAAAAUUUCUCUUACUAAGUUUUAGUUCCCCUUUUUCCGUGAUUUUGUUAUUUCUCUGUCUAGUUCUGGACUAACGCAGACUUUUUCUAUAGUCUGUUCAGAUUUUAUUUGUCAACCAGCUAACUCCGCUUCUGCUGGCACAGUGCCUAUUCGUGUCGAUUUUUUAUCCCGCGGGACAAUUUUUGAUCUUUUUUGUUUUAAAAGAUAGAAAAAGAAUUCAAAAGAUGCACCCAUAUUAAGGUUUAUCGUCAUCUGUGAUGAAAAAUUGACGCGAAGGAUAUUAUAGUCUUGGGGGAGAAGUUCGUUGCGUGACAUUCAAAAACCGAACAGACUAUAAACCCAACAAACCGCCUAGAAGAUUGAGUAUAAAUAAAAUUUUAUUCUUUCUCAUUUUUUCAGCAAAAUUUCGAAAUGCGAGUAAAAGUCGAACCGAGCGAUCGAAAUUACUUCCAUGCACAGUUUUUGAUUGAAGUCAGACAGGUAUUUUGCCAAAGCUAGCCUUGAUUUAUUCAAACCUUCCAGUCUUGCGAGGUCAAGUUCCGCAUCGAGUUCAUAGAUUCUCGACAGAAGCAGUGGAAAUCGGCAGCCACUUCAACACUGGUCAUCAACGUGAGAGAACCUCCGAACAAUCGAACAUUCUAG